ACACACACACACACACACACACACACACACACACAAAACAUACACAGACACGCACAAAUCGCUGUACCCCUGUCCGCACGCUCCCCACCCCCCAUCUCAUCCACCGGGAACCGUCCCCUCCCCUCGACAAGUGAGCGUCCCGGGCGUAGCCACCUAGUCAGGCCAGGAGCGCAGCGCCCACUGCCCUGGGGAACCCACGCGUAGCCGGAGCGACCGCCGCGACUGCAGCUGGACAGACAGUCCCAGCCCCAGGGACCUCGAGCAACCCGCCCCCGCCCCGCCCGGCCGCGACUAGCAGAGCCGCCACCCCCUCCAAACUCCAGGACCCCAGCCACCCCUAUGAGAGAAGGCGACGCAGGGCAGAGAGGAGCAGGACGCCGGGCAGCCAGACUCCCCUGCAAGCUUGCAGCGUCCGCUCGGUGUCGGGGCCGCGAUCACCACCCGGGAAGCCGGAUGCCAGCGCCGCGCGUCGGCUGAGAGGGGACAGGGCCGGCUUCGCCCGCUCGCCCGGAAUCCGGUCUCCGUAGCGGCUGCGUGUCCCAGCUGGGGCCCCGCCGGCCCGGGAGUGAGCCGCAGCGACAGGAGGACCCAAGCGGCCGACCCGGGGUUGGCCCGGGCUGGGGAAGGAGGGACGGAGCGGGAGGAGGGCACAGGGGGCGGGGAGGGGACCCUGGAGGAGAGAGAUGGCAAUGUCUCUCAUCCAAGCGUGCCGCAGUCUGGCUCUCUCAACAUGGCUGCUUUCCUUUUGUUUCGUGCAUCUGCUCUGCCUGGACUUCACCGUGGCGGAGAAGGAGGAAUGGUACACCGCCUUCGUGAACAUCACCUAUGCGGAGCCCGAGCCCGGGGCCGCGGUGACGGGCGGCGGCGGCGGCGCCGAGCUGCACACGGAGAAGACCGAGUGCGGACGGUACGGUGAGCACUCGCCCAAGCAGGACGCGCGCGGCGAGGUGGUCAUGGCCAGCUCGGCCCACGACCGCUUGGCUUGCGACCCCAACACCAAGUUCGCCUCGCCGGCCCACGGCAAGCACUGGAUAGCCCUCAUCCCCAAGGGCAACUGCACCUACAGGGAUAAGAUCCGGAACGCGUUCCUGCAGAACGCCUCGGCCGUGGUCAUCUUCAACGUGGGCUCCAACACCAACGAGACCAUCACCAUGCCCCACGCAGGUGUGGAAGACAUCGUGGCUAUAAUGAUUCCUGAGCCCAAAGGGAAGGAGAUAGUAAGCCUGCUGGAAAGGAAUAUCACCGUGACCAUGUACAUCACCAUCGGAACCCGGAACUUGCAAAAAUAUGUGAGCCGCACAUCGGUUGUGUUUGUCUCCAUCUCCUUCAUUGUCCUGAUGAUCAUUUCCCUCGCAUGGCUGGUCUUUUAUUAUAUCCAGAGGUUUCGAUAUGCAAAUGCCAGGGACAGGAACCAGCGCCGUCUGGGAGAUGCAGCAAAGAAAGCCAUCAGCAAGCUCCAGGUCAGGACCAUCAGGAAGGGCGACAAGGAAACAGAGUCUGAUUUUGAUAACUGUGCUGUCUGCAUCGAAGGGUACAAGCCCAAUGAUGUGGUGAGGAUCCUGCCCUGCCGGCAUCUUUUCCACAAGUCCUGUGUUGACCCCUGGCUUCUAGACCAUCGCACCUGUCCCAUGUGCAAGAUGAACAUUCUUAAAGCCCUAGGGAUCCCGCCCAAUGCCGACUGCAUGGACGACUUGCCCAUUGAUUUUGAGGGCUCUCUAGGAGGCCCACCAACCAAUCAGAUCACAGGCGCCAGUGAUACCACAGUAAACGAAAGCUCAGUCACUUUGGACCCUGCUGUGAGGACAGUGGGAGCCCUACAGGUGGUCCAGGACCCAGACCCUGUACCCCAGGAAGGAGAAGCCAUCUUUACAACUAACAGUGACCAGGAGCCAGCAGUGAGCAGUGACUCUGACAUCUCAUUGAUUAUGGCACUGGAAGUGGGACUGUCUGAUGUAGAACUUUCCACUGACCAAGACUACGAAGAGGUGAAAUCUUGAAAUGGUAGAAACAGAGAAAAGGAAACACAGGACCCAGGGGACAAGAAGGAAGCAUGCUCCGAGACUUGAACUGGAUACACAGCCUUCAGCUCGCCAUGGCAACCCCAGGGCACUCUGUUCAAGGGUGGUAACGAAAGCAAUACCCAAAGUCUGCAGAAUCAGGAUGCGGGUUCCCAUCUCUGCAACAAUCUGUGGCCUUGGUGUGGAAGUGGAAAGCUGGAUUCCUCCGUGUCAGCGCAGACACGCAGCAGAAGGUCCUGCCGCAGGCUGGAAGGAGACCUGUGUGGCUUCUUUCAGCUUCUCCCAUCUUCUUGUUCUUGUUUGGAGAAGAUGGUCUCAAUCCCUGGCAAUUUCUUUUUAAAGAUGAUGUGUAGUUUACAUCUAUCCCCUUGUUUCCCUUUGAUUCACUCGGGCCCUUGUACAGAGGUCUGUUUAGAAGUCCUGGUUGCUGCUCCAAUGAUCAGUUAGUACCACAUCUCUGAGAUUUAUAGUCAUGAGCUCUCAGUAUGAAGUGUGUAUGACUUCGAGAAUUGCCUCAGCACCCUGAAAUGGUGGAAGACCAGAAUUUAUCAAGUGUCUAACUCCCUCCUCUAAGAGGGUCUUGACGAACCCAGCUGCCAGAGACAGUGACAGCAAGUUCUGGAUCUGCUGAGUCCAUUGCUCAUUAUUUUCACCUACAUCAUGUAGGGCCUCCACUUGCUGUGCUCUGUCCAGGGCCACCGUGGCAGAAAGAGCUUUCAGGGAAGAGGGUGGUGCAUCUGACUUCAGGGUCUUACUCUAAAACUCAGAAGUUCCCCACAGGGCAUGAAUCCAAUGCUUAGAGUGUGUGGAACUAUAAGCCUGGUUUAAAAAUCUGAUACCCCGUCUUCCCAGGGCUAGGAAGAUGCCUGUCUCCCUGGUUAUCCCCAAGGCCUCAGCAGUCUAUCACCUUUGUAAGUGAGUUCUGUGGGUGCAGGCUAUAGAGAAGACACAAUCGUCUUUUUUAGGUCACUGGCAUCCAGGUGUAAACUAACUUCCGGUUCUGUUCUGUUAAUCCUCACCAGCCUACAUGGAAAGCUCUAAAUAAAUCCUUAGCACUUUGCAGCUUGGGUCUUCCUGAGAGCAUCCUGCUACCAAGAGGAGGAUGAGGUAUGAUUUGAUAAGGUCUGAGCCAAAAAGCACGUCAUGGGGAAUUGCUAAAUCGAGUUUCUCCUGAUUAUGAGAAACAAACAAACAAAAAAUAACCAAUGACUAUCAAAAUCCACCUUACUAUAAAGUAGUUUAUGAUUUUAUUCUUUUUUUGUUUGUUUGAAAUAAUGACAAAAAUGUGCUGUUUUUCAUGUGAACAGUUUUGUGAUCCGUGCACCCUCUGCAGAGGGUGACCAGGAGGAUCUCCUCAUCAUCUCUAGCAGUUGGCAAGGUCACACAGAGCAGGGAUUAACCAAGAAAGCAAGCUCUUCCCACUGAGCUGUAUUUAUGUGUUUGAUUCGGUCUUUUCCACCUCAUUACACUAAUACUCCUUCAAACAGGGCUUGGUGGAGCUGUGAAUCCUUGCUGCCCACUGGAAUGUUGAGUCCAGAGCAGCAGAGUUCCCGGCUGCUCUUUUUCUUGCUACCUUUAGCGAGUUCCUAUCUGAUGGUGUAUGCGUACAGCAAAGCAGGCAAAGGGAAACAGCCUUCAGAAAAACCUCUUCUGUCCAAGGUCCUGCACGUCCCAUAGUUAACUCCAGCCUCCAAAGGCUGAGAAGAUCCAUCGGAAGGAAGUAGGAGAGCUCUGAACCAGGAUGUGUACAAUGAGGAAUUUAGCAGAUGCUGAACCAGGAUGUGUACAAUGAGGAAUUUAGCAGAUGCUGAACCAGGAUGUGUACAAUGAGGAAUUUAGCAGAUGCUGAACCAGGAUGUAUACAAUGAGGAAUUUAACAGGUGUCUCUCACAGUUUGCUCUUUUUGGGAUCACUCAUUUGCACUUCUCCAGUGGGAUCUUUUGUGAAAACAACUGUGUCACAUAGCAAAUUUUGAUAUGAAGUCUAAUGAAAUUAGGGUAAUUCAACAGCAAAAGACAUACAAAUUAUAUUGCAUGCCCAGGAAGAAAAAGUGUUGGUGGGCGUUUUCUGUGUUUGGUGGGAGUUUUCUGGCCAAUGGUCAGGUAAAUUGCCGUUUAUAUAAGCAAGCCCUUGACCUGAUAUCCUAUAAGAGCCUGAAUGGAUGAUGAAAGGUCCAAAGGUCUGUUCUCUUUACCAUAGCCUUCCCUGAUACCCCUCCACAAUAAGAGACUCUGACGUGGGGGUCCAGUAACCCACACAUGGCUGUACAACCCAGAAAUGCAAACUGAAUAGGCAUUUACAUGCAUGCAGUUUUCUGUAGCAAGUAUCUGCACCAACUCUGUCAAACAGAAAUACAGCCCAAGUCACAGACACUUUUUUUUUUAAUUUUCCAUUACCCACAUUUUAAGAAGAAAAAAAAAAAACAGGUGAAAAUAAUUUAUUAAUAUCCUUAUUUAACCAAAUAUUAUUGUUUUAACAUGCAAUUGAUAUGGAAAGUAUUAAGGAAAUAUUUUCCUCUCUUUUUUAUUGUAGCUUCUAAAUCCAUUACGUCUUUUACACACACAACACAUCUCAAUUUUCACUAGCCACAGCUUAGCUUCCAGUAGCCACAUGUGCCUAGUAGCCACCAGCUAGAAAACACAGCCUGAGAGAUGCUCCAGAAUCCUUAAAAGGACAGAAGAAAAGGGAGAAGAUUACCUCAGUUCUCACGGAGAGAACCAGACUCCACCCAAGCCACCUAAAGAGAGGGCCUGGGGUGUACUUGUUUCAUAAUUAAUAUUGGUUCAAACAGCCUAUACUAACUUCCUGCUUGAACUUUCUAAGCACUAAUGUCCACUAUCAUCAACUGUUACUUCUCUGACAAGUUGUUUGUUAAAAAAAAAACAACAACAAGACAACCAACCAUGCCGAUUUGGUGCUUAAAUGAAAUUACACCCCUCACUUCUAUGACAAACCUUGAGACUCACGUGUGACACUUAGCCAAAGAGAAUUUACCUCAACCCCUAAUUCUUCUCUUUGUGGCUGCCCAGUUCUAGAGCAGAAGUCAGAGGCCUGAGGAAAAGCACAGGGAACUGUAGACUGACCCCAUGUAUACAACCGUGUGGCCUUGUCAAGAAGGGAUUGGGAAGCUGGUAACCCUUCAGCUUAGUGAAUGGCCAGCAGCUUUCAGUUCAACACCGCCCAUCAUGCUUAGGCCAUGGAGGGAAAGAGGCUUGAAUCCCUUCAGAGUCCCCUUCCGAAUGGCUUUCUCCAAGGUGGUUAGUAAUCCUGGGAGCCAAUGCCUCAUAAAUACAGCAUUUGAACAUUGACUAGCCCCUAGAACUUGGUCAUGCCUUCAGUGUCAAUUCUGGUCACACAACCCAGGGACAGAUGCAGUAUGGAGAAAGUAUGAUGAUAAAUGUAACAGAGGCACCCAGCUACUUCAACACUGCAUGUAGCAUCCUGGCCAUGGAAACGAGUCUCUGUCCAAAGGUUUUGUGUUGUUGUUAUUUUUGCUUUAGUAUUUUUCUCAUCUGUGAGUAUUCACGGGUCUUCGAUAGUCAUGUGGUCCUAUUAAGAACGGUUGUGCCCAGUAACCAUUUCGGCUACAGUCCAGACAUCCCUGGGGCUACCACACUUCCAGGACCAUAAAGUACGACAGUCUGCCUAAGAUUCAUUGUUGUAAGUUUAGUUGGUGUGAAAUAAAUUACGGAGUGUAAGAAUUUAAUAGUGUUUAGUUGUCCACUGAAUGCAUAUCCUUGGCUGAACAAGAAAAUUACCCAAUAAAAACUUACAGAAAUUUUAGGGAGUAGUGUCACGCCCCGUAUGAAGAGAAGGCCCAGCCUUCUGCAGUACUGAGGCCAUUGAGGUGACAUCCUGUAGCAGUCUUAACUUCUCUGCCUUGGGUUUCUUCAUUUUCCUGUGUUUCUGAUUGCCUGUUUCCUUGUAUAUACAUGCGAGCGCGCGCGCGCACACACACACACACACAUGCACGCACGCGUGCACACACACUUUCCCUAUCUUACUCCUCAUUUCUUUUUUCGUCCUAGUCUACUUUUUAUUUUGUCACGUUUUCUUCCUACAAGGAAUGCUCCAGUAACACCCACCUGCCGCUGCUCCCCACCCCCCAGCUUGGUGCUGGAAGUCCCCUGAAUAAAUACUGGUGAGGCUACAAUUCCAGGAUGCUGUGGAGAUCUGCUAUCUUACAUGGCCAGAACCUAUAACCUUCUAGUCUGUGUGCCCCAGGAGCAGGUUCUGUGGCCCCUCCAUCUGACAGCUGCCCAAGCUCAGUGCCUAGCUUCAGGGCUUGCUUCCUGGACAUGAUCAUGAGCCACUAACACUGUCAAAGAGGAACAAAGUCCCGCCCCUCCAAAGGUCAAAGGUUGGGCUGCCUGCUUUCUUGAGUAGCAUCUCUGUCCCUGCUGGGAAGGAGCAGGGUUGAUGGCUACAUUUCACAGGGGAGGUGACCCAAAGGACAGCAACAAGGAGGUGGGAUCCCAAGUCAAAGCAAGGCUGGCUAAGUGGGAAGUCUCUAGAAAAAUGCCCCUCCCCUGGGUUUAGAGCUUAUCAGUGGGUCCCAGGGAGAAUGGGUGUUUAAGAAUUCAAUAUUCGUGAGUUAAAACACUCUUGAAUUGCAAAGAAGAUUGGAAUAGCCUGAAAAGCAAGUAAGUCUUAGUUUCUCACUGAUACGCAGGUAGCUCUCUCUCUGCCUUGCUCCCAACACCAGGCCCUUUACAGUGGGACAGUAGUGUUCAAAGUCCGGUAGAUAGAAAGCUACUGUGCCCCGCUGUGAGCCUUUUGGUGGCACAGUGCUGUUCCAGAACUAAUGAAACCAGUGCGAAUCCUGGAUGUGGAUUUUUGAUUACCACACCCUUUGAUCACAUCAGUUCCUGUCCUGUGCCACUCACUCUCUCCCUGUCUUAUGCCCUUCAUAAUCAAGUGGCUCUUCAUGAACCUCAGUGGCCAGACCCCUGAACCCCGUGGCACUGUUCAUGUCCACACUCACUGCACAGCUGUUUGCUCUCUGGCCAUGUGAUACGUGUUUGUUGAGGAUGAUUAGGUGAGGUUGUGUUUCUUGUAAGAGCUCUAAACACAGGCAGACUGAAAAUCUACAGGGAACGGAGAGAAAGCUGAGGUACUCAAAGUCAUUGCUGAUAGAAAGUCUGUGGGGUGGCCAUCCUUAGGCCAGCGGUGACCUUGGGGAAACAGGGAAGAUGUGAGGACCAUGUGUGCUAAAUAAACCAAAGACUGACACCUCCCCACCAAUGGACACAUGCUCUUCCAUGAACUAGCUGAAUUUUCUCCAGAUGUUCUCACAAACAAAAGUCAAGAUGGACCCUUGGUGGCUUUGAUUGGGGGGGGGGCUGCUGCUUGGUCUUGCUAAAUCCACAACUCUGAAGUAGAUAACUGUGGCCUUGGUGACAUGUCAUCUUUGAUCUCUAGUGUUUAACCCUCUUUUCCCUUCGAAGCUUCCAGACAAAUCUACCACUUAUAUUGAACUCAGACUAUUGUUUGUUUUCUUUGAGAAUGUGGAGAUUUUAAAUAGCCAAAGAAUUUUCAUGUAUAAAAGCUAGCGCACUGUAGUGUAUCCUGUUCUUUGAAGAAAAUACCAAAUUGUCACCUGUAGGAAAAGAACAGCGGAAGGAUAGACAGCGCAUGGACUUAGCGCUCUAAACUCGUGUUGGUAUGUCAGUGCUGUGGGAUGUUAUUGUAAGGGGCAGAGCGCCCUCUGCUGGAACAAUACCUAGAUUAGUUCAGCAAAUUUAUUUGCCAUGGGUUUCCAUUUCAAAGUGUGUCUUACUUUUCAUCCAUACCAUUCCCUCAAUAGUGGAGAAAUUGGUUGACACUUAUUAAAGGAGGAGAGAAAAUCAUGAACUCUAAAGAGCUGUGGGAGACCUCAUCAGACCCGUUUUAAAACGUUGUUGUGUUCUGUUGCUGUCUGGGAAGGUGCUUCCGGCUAGGAUGUAUGCAGAAUUAUCAGCAGAGGUCUGUUUGACUUAGCUCCACUUCCUCAUGUGAAAUCUCAAAGGAAGGUCAAUAAAAGGACUUCUUCCGUAUGAAUGUAAAUGGUGUGAAAUACCCAAGUGUUUUGUAUGUGUACAGAAUCAAUUUACUUCCUGCUUUCAACUUACUAAUAGGAAAUGAUUGUACCAUUUUAUAAUUGAGGGAGAGCUGGAGGUGGGAGAGGGGAGGAGGGGGUGCUAUUUUUAUAGUGGGAUGUCCAUUAUGCUUAGAAAACUUGAAGUCAUUUUGUAUUGUGAAGUUACAUUCCAUUCGUUCCCAGGGGUGAGGGUCUUCGUUAAAACUCUCAUCAGAUGGAAGGAAGAAUUCUCUCAUUUGCAGGAGAAGCUCUUGAGUGUCUGUGGUGCCGCAUGUGGCACACACUUCUGUAACCUGCAGACCAUAACCAGCAAUUGUCAAGUUCAAAAGCAGGGGCAGGGGGUAGGGCGCAUUUUUUUUUUAACUCUCUGUGUAACACAUUAUUUGUGAUUUUCUUUUAAAAAAAAUCUACAAAGAAUGGAUUUGCAAGUCUGAAAUAAUAAAGCAUGACGUCAUAAGUCUUUCUCCAGCAUCACUAUACCCAGACAAAGGGAAAAUCCAGUGGCUUUGAUUUCCUUUCCUUUCCUUUCCAUUUGAUGACAUGAACCAUGUGCUUCUGCUGUAAAAGGAUGGUGCCACGGUCAGCAUUUUAUUGAGCUUGCCCACGAGGUCACUUUGGCAGGUCCAUGGGUCCAGUGUAGGAUGACCCCAUCCCAGCAUUUCUCCUCAUUUCAGUCUGAGGACAGGAGAUGGGCUUUUCCUCAACUUCUUCGCCCUCUGAUCCACAAAUUACAAGAACCAACUCUGAGUGGUUUUCCAUGGGGAAUUUUGGACUUGGAGUUUGGUUCACUCUCAUGUGCUGAAAUAUGGUGGUGGUGUGUCUACAUCCAUGCUGGGAAGAUAUCAUGUGCUCUGCAGAGUCCCCUGCAUAUUUACAUGUGUGUUCUUUUCGGUUUGUGGUCUGUUCAGUCCCUUCCUCCCCACCCUGGACACCUACCCUACUUCUCUUAAGCACUUUAUAUCUCUUUAAGUACAAAAGAAAUUGGAAGAAAGGAAAAACCAAACCACCCCUGGCUUUAGAGGACUGGGUCUUCUGUUAGGAAAGGCAGAUUCAGUUUGCUUCGGUGUCUUCUCGGUGUGCUGGGAGAGCAUCUGCGGCUCGUCGGGUCCUCACUAGUGAUGAGAUGUUAAGGAUGACAGUUGGAAACACUCGAUCAGACAUGACUAUUUUCAUUAAAGACUAUAAUGUAAAUAAGUGCAACUGUGUUCUGAUGUACGGUCAAAAGAUAUAUGAACUAUAAAGAACUUAACACGAGGAUUGUGACUUCCAGGGAAUUUUUGUUUGUUUUGUUGUUUGGGGUUUUUUUAAUAAAAUGGAAACAGAU